GCUCAAUGGGCCUAAUUACGGCUCAUGACAUGCCAGUCAUUUCAGCAAGGCCCGUAUUCUGAUGUUAACUUGUUCGCUAGGAUUCACUAUAUCUGGAAACCAGUUUGAUUUUCGAUGUCUCGACCACAAAAUGUUGACACAAUGCUUCCACCGUUGCGAACAUUAAGACGCCCAGUAGUCUGCACGUUGACGAUGGGGUCAAGGAACCGAAAGGAAGCAAACGAAAACAAAGUCGCAGGACAGUUUUUUUUACGACAUAAUCAAAUAUAAGCCGCUGAACUGGUUACCAUGCGGGGCCAGUAUAAGGCGUUAAUCGCUAUCCUACCAGCAUCUAUCUGCGGUUAUCUUUUGAUGAGAAGUGCCUUCGUGACAUCUCAGAAACCUGAUCUCUCAGCAGAUUCCUGGAAAGUUUUGACCGAUGCUGUUGCUGUUUGGGACAUCGGUCCUCUUCCAUCCGUCACUAUGGAUCUUGAGAACACAGUCAAUUACCAGCUGAACUCAACAACGUAUAACAAUGCGCAAUGGUCCGCUUUAGCACCAGGCGGCGGAAUCGUCCAUCUCGGCCCCAAUCAUACCCCUUAUCUUCCAUCCUUCUUCCACCAACUUCGUUGUUUGGAUAUUAUUCGAUUGUUCUAUGCCGCUCAAGAGCAGGACAUGAUUAACAAGGACGCCAAGGAAGCGGCGGCGGCCACACACUGUCUGAAUUACCUUCGUCAGAUGCUCUUCUGCCGCUCUGAUCUCAAUCUCGAAAGCGUCAUUUCAGGCGACCCUGAUCAUCACGCCGUUGCCAGCCGUCGUACUCAAACCUGUCGGGAUUGGAGGGUUGUCUAUGAGGCGUUGGGAAGGAACCAGGCAAUUGGAGGAAAUGUUUAGCAUGUACUAGAUAGGCAACGACGGGAGAAUUUAGUGCCCACAAUUCGUCUCAUUCUUGAACCCACGCCGCAAUAACAUUUGACCUUCAUGAUUGUCAGCUUGUCCUAGAA